AUGUCUUUUCAAGACGCGUACUGGGCGGCGCCGCCAAUCACCAGAACCAUCACAGCGGCGACCGUACUUAUAUCAGUGCCAGGCCAUCUCGGACUGUAUAACCUUAUGUGGGUGGUGUUUCUCAAAGACUAUGUCUUCACCAUCAGCCAGAUGCCUCAGCUGUGGCGAAUAUUGAGCGCGUUCUUCAUCACUGGCCCUCAACUCGGCUUAAUCAUGGAUCCGUUCUUCCUCUACCACUACAGCAGUCAGCUUGAGACAGGCUCGCCGCGCUUCAGUGGAUCGGGCGCGUACGCUUUCUACCUGAUGUUUGUGUCGGUCAUCAUCCUGCUCACUGGAGGUGUCUACCUCGGCGGCAUAACUCUCCUCAGCCCUCUCAGCAUGGCACUCACAUAUACCUUUGCACAAGAGGACCCGAACCGGAGUGUGUCGUUCUYCAUCAUUCAAAUGCCUUCGAAAUAUGUUCCAUACGCCUCGUUGGCUAUCACGUAUGUGAUGGCUGGACCUUUUAUGACAAUGGUUCAAGCGACAGGCAUAUUGGCCGCACACGCAUACGAGUUUCUCGACAAGGUUUGGCCUCAGCAUGGCGGAGGUGCGCGGUGGGUCCAACCUCCGCAGUUUAUUCAGAAACUGUUUGCUGUCCCAGGCCAGACUGGUCAGGCUCGGACGUAUGGCACAGCUUUUGGUGCUAGAACGAAUGCAUCUACGCCUGCGCCUGCGGCAGCAGGACAGGGCGCCGGGUGGACCAGCGGGUCUGCUUGGGGUACGAGGGGUGCCGGUCGGCGGCUUGGGAGUGAUUGA